UAUUUAAUUCAUGAUUUGUCUUUCAUCAUGCCACACGUCAGCAUAGUGCGCCCUCUGCUUGUUUCCUCGUAUUUGUAUAUAUGAUGUGGAUGAGAGAUUGGCUUAUGUAAAAAAUUGUAUUAGGUUAAUCGUACAACAAAUAACGUAUCAAAAUAAUUGAUUAAAAUGGUACUUAUUGCCGCAGCGGUCUGCACUAAAGCAGGCAAAACUAUUAUCUCUCGCCAAUUUGUUGAAAUGACAAAGGCAAGAAUAGAAGGUUUACUUGCCGCAUUUCCAAAAUUAAUGAGUUCUGGCAAACAGCAUACAUUUGUAGAAACAGAAUCUGUAAGAUAUGUUUAUCAACCUUUGGAAAAGGUAUACAUGUUGUUGAUUACAACAAAAGCCAGUAACAUAUUAGAGGAUUUAGAAACAUUGAGGCUCUUUGCAAGAGUUAUUCCAGAAUACUGCAAUUCAAUGGAUGAACUUGAAAUAGCUGAAAAUGCGUUCAAUUUAAUAUUUGCAUUUGAUGAAAUAGUUGCAUUAGGAUAUAGAGAAAGUGUUAAUUUAGCACAGAUUAGAACAUUUGUGGAAAUGGAUUCACACGAAGAAAAGGUAUAUCAAGCUGUUAGAAUGACUCAAGAAAGAGAGGCCAGGAAUAAAAUGCGUGAGAAAGCAAAAGAAUUGCAAAGACAACGAAUGGAAGCAAACAAAAAGAGUGGUCUUAAAAAUCCUGGAUUUGGCAAUGCUUAUGGAAGUAGCAGUAACUUUACACAAACUCCUAGUGUAGGAGAUACUGCUAAUUUUGUACCAGAACCAGUCAGACCAUCGUACACGCCAACACAAAAACCUGUUAAUGCUGGACCAGGCGCAAUGAAAUUAGGAGGAAAAUCUCGAGAUGUUGAUUCUUUUGUUGACCAGUUAAAAGAAGAAGGAGAAAAUGUUGUAUCAACACCUUUACUUGCAGCAGGCUCAAAAGCAGCAUCAAUUACACCACAGACUAUUAAUACGGAACCAGUUCAUUUACGGCAAGAAGAACGUCUUAACGUACGAAUUGGCCGAGAUGGCGGAUUGCAACACUUCGAAUUGCAUGGUUUGGUAACAUUACAUAUUUCCGAUGAAAAAUGGGGUCGAAUUCGUGUACAAUUAGAAAAUAGGGAUUCGAGAGGAAUUCAGUUACAAACCCAUCCUAAUGUAGAUAAAGAAUUAUUUAGGACUCGUGGUCAAAUAGGUUUAAAGAUUCCUUCAAAACCAUUCCCAUUGAAUACUGAUGUUGGAGUACUAAAAUGGCGAUUACAAGCUCAAGAUGAAACAGCAUUGCCUAUUUCAAUUAAUUGCUGGCCAUCCGAAAAUGGAGAAGGUGGAUGUGAUGUUAAUAUAGAGUAUGAAUUGGAGCAAGUUAAUCUUGAAUUAAAUGAUGUUCAAAUAAACAUUCCAUUGCCUAUGGGGUGUAAUCCCAUAGUAAGUGAAUGUGAUGGACAAUAUACGCACGAAGCACGACGAAAUACACUUGUAUGGUCUUUACCAGUAGUUGACGCGUCAACAAAAUCGGGUUCAAUGGAAUUCUCAGCACCCUCUUCUACUCCUGCUGACUUCUUUCCUCUUCUUAUUUCUUUUUCGUCCAAGACAUCAUAUGUUAAUAUUAAGGUAACUGAUGUUAUACUUGUAGAUGAUGAAAGUCCAGUUAAAUAUUCAGUAGAGACAGUCUUCUUUACUGACAAUUAUGAAGUGGUUUAAGUGUUCAAUAAAUACUGUUAGUUACUUGUGCUGAAAUAUGUACAAGGAUACAGAAUUAAGCACUGUUCAUUGAAAUCACAA